AUGGCCUCACAAGAAGUCUCCAAAGCCCGAACGCUCACAACGGUUGUAAGCGAGCCCAUCAUCGACAGCACCCGUUACUCCAAAUGGAUCCGAUUAGUUAGAGUGACUUCGUGGGUGCUGCGGUUCGUAAAAUUGCUUAGAAUCCCACAAGAGCAAAGAUGUUCUUCGUCCAGUUUAACAGCCACGGAAAUCGAAGAAGCUGAAUUGUACUGGGUAAAAUGGAUUCAACAGGAUAGAUAUGGAGAAGUCAUAGCUAGACUCCAGGAGAAGCAACAGGUCAGCUCUAGGCAGCUUAAGUCGCUGGACCCGUUCCUAGAUGACAGCGGGAUUCUGAGAGUUGGCGGAAGAUUGCAGGAGUCCGAUCUACCAUACGCCAUUCGACACCCGAUCAUUCUACCGCCUAGAAACCACAUCACUACGCUGAUCGUCCGCCGAGUACACGCGGACAUAGGAAAACACGCUAAGGGCGUAAACGCAGUGUUAGGCGAAUUGAGACAAAGGUUUUGGCUGGUGUUUGGUCGCGAAGAAGCCAAAAGAGUGGAUAUCGCCUGUGUGAUAUGCACUAAACAGAAGAAGAAAGCUGUAGGCCAGAUCAUGGCCCCCUUGCCUUCACAUCGAGUUACGAUACCGAUCAGAGCCUUUGCGAGAUCAGGCGUUGAUUAUGGAGGACCUUUCACUGUGAAAAUAACAAGGAAUACCUCAGCAAAGAGGUGGCUCUGCCUGUUCACGUGUACGACGUCGCGAGCCGUUCAUCUAGAAAUAGCCUACUCUCUAGAUACUCACAGUUUCCUAAAUGCCUUUUCUAGAAUGGUGGCCAGAAGGGGCAAACCAGAGAUCGUCAUUUCAGAUAAUGGGACCAACUUCCACGGUGCUGAAAGAGAGCUUUCCGAAUUGAUAAUGAAUUUGGAUCACGAGGAAAUCGUCAACGAUGCUGCCAACAAAGGCAUCACUUGGCGCUUUGACCCACCCUGGGGUUCUCAUCACGGAGGACUAUUUGAAGCUCUCAUCAAGUCUGCGAAAAGAGCAUUGAGGGCCAUCCUUUGGGAAGCACGCGUCAACGACGAGGAAUUACAGACGGCAGUUACCGAAGUGGAGGGGUUGCUGAAUUCCCGCCCUUUAACGUAUAGUAGUAAUGAUCCCAAGGAUGAGACCGUAUUAACCCCAAACAACUUCCUGAUUGGGCAGUCCGGUGGGCAGUUGGCACCGAGAGUCUUGGAGGGACUCGCUUUUAAUCCGAGACAUCGGUGGCGUUAUGUGCAAGAUUUAGUUUCGAAAGUCUGGCGAAGGUGGAACAAGGAGUUUCUCUCCCUUCUUCAGAAUCGAGGGAAGUGGCUUGAUGAACGGGAAGAUUUGCAGGUGGAUGAUGUCGUGCUGCUGGCAGAUCCAACCAACCCACGAGGACGAUGGCCGCUGGGAAAGAUCAUGGAGACUCUUCCAUGUAGCGAUGGACAUGUCCGCAGCGUGAAGGUGCUCUCUUGUGACAAGAUCCUCAUUCGACCCAUAUCCAAACUAUGCAAGGUAGUGGUAAAUGGUUCCUUUUACCACGGAGGGGAGGAUGUUGGCGCAGAGCGAGUCCCGGCCCGGGCGGAAGCGAUCGAUUGA